UAACAGCGGAAAUAGCAUCGAAGGAACACUUGCGACUUCUUGUACGGAACUGCCGAAAAUCCCCGCCGCCGUUGAACCUCCGCGGCGCUUCUUGUUCGUGGUUCGCUGACAGUUUACCAUGACCCCACCAACGCUCUCCCGCAGCCGUGUCGGCGCGAGGUACGGCGAAGACCUACACAUGAACUUCAUGGUGUUUCACUCUACAAAACUAUCUUCUCAUUCAAGCGCGAAGAGAACCACAACCUUACGGUUGCCGUCUCCACCAUGUCUUCACUCUCGGAAGAUUACACCGUCCCGCUCUGGAUAGACGGCGAAGCCCUUCGCGAGUCCCUCGCCACGUUUCCCGUAGUUCAGGGCUCAACCGGGAAGACAGUCCACCAGGUUGUCUCCGCAACCACCGCAGAAGCCCUCCGCGCCGUCGCCUCGUCCAAAGCAGCAUUCAAAUCAUGGCGCAACACCAACCACGUCAUACGCCGCGAGCUCAUUCUCAAAGUCGCCGCCCACUACGAGGAAAACGCCGACACCUUCAUCAAGAGCCAGAUGAUCGAAACGUCGUGCGAAGAAGCUUGGGCCAAGCAGAACCUCGAGUUGGCAUGUCGAUAUCUGCGAGAAAUAGCUGCGGUCAUCAGUAGUGUCAACGGCACGAUUCCACAGCUGGAGAAGCCGGGCGCCAUAGGCUUCGUGUUCAAGGAGCCUGUGGGACCGGUGUUGUGUAUUGCGCCCUGGAAUGCAGCGCUGAUCUUGGCGACGAGGGGUGUUGCCAGCGCGAUUGCAGCCGGGUGUACAGUCGUGUUCAAGGCGAGCGAAUUGAGUCCUUUGACACACUAUAUGAUCACGCGGGCGUUCAUCGAGUCGGGCCUGCCUAAGGGCGUGCUGAAUCAGAUACAGACAAGGAGAGAGGACGCAGCUGAAGUGACGGAGGCCAUCAUUGCGCACGAGGCGAUUCGAAAAGUCGAGUUCAUCGGGAGUGCUGCAGUGGGGAGGAUCAUUGGACAAGUAGCUGCAAAACACCUGAAGCCUGUAUUGAUGGAGUUGGGUGGGAAAGGCCCGGCGAUUGUGUUGGACGAUGCAGAUCUCGAAGAAGCCGCGAAGCUUGCUGCGAUGGGAGCCGUGGUCAACCAUGGUCAAAUCUGCUUCUCGACAGAGCGCAUCAUCGUGCACGCAGCUGUGGCGGAGAGAUUCCAGCAGCUGCUAAUCAAAGCAAUGGAGAGCGCCGGCAGCCACGCGGGCUGUGCUGUCAGCGCUUCGAUCGGGAAGCAUGCGAACGAUGUGCUUCGCGACGCAGAGAGGGCAGGCGAAAACUUUCUCAUGGGCGGUCCGUCCGACUCAGACAUUAGGCUCCGGCCGACCAUCGUCCUGAACCCUUCAACCUCCCGCAUCGUCGACGAAGAGACGUUCGGUCCCUCCACCUCGCUAUACAUUGUGUCCUCCGACGAUGCUGUCAUAGAGCUGGCGAAUCGGUCUGUCUACGGUCUGAAUGCUACCAUCUGGUCGACCAAUAUGGAACGUGCUUUAAAGAUGUCGCGGGAGUUGGAAUAUGGGCAGGUCCAUAUCAACAGCAUAAGCGUGUAUACGAGUCCGACAGCGAGCCAGGGCGGUGUCAAGGGAUCUGGAUUUGGUCGGCAGAAUGGGAAAUGGGGUAUAGAGGAGUUCCUUCAGGACAAGUUUGUCAGCUGGCAUGGCAAGGUGUGAGAUGUGAAUCCGACAGAUGUCAACGACUAGUUCCAUGGAGCUCGCGUUCCACCAUUAAUACUUCCUCUCCAUCGUUCUUGGAUGUCGCUUUUGCGACGGAACGACGCCUCGUCGUACUGGAGUCAACACUUGAUGCUGGCUUCAAAGUUACUCUAAGAGUUGCUGUACUAGUCGCCGUCACGGCAGCGUAAGAAGGUGUAGAGCAAGCAGAUACAAGAGGUUUGACCAAUUCUUUCCGCAACUCUAGAUUGGACCGUCUCACCUAUCGCUGACUGUUGGGCAGCAGAGGAAUGAACUUACCGAGGUCAUUUCCAACAAGUAGCACAGGUCUUCUAGAACCCCCUUUUUCAGUCAUCA